UCCAAACUCUCGCUACCUUCUCAUUCCUUUUCAUCUUCCUCCUCUCUCUCCUGUUCCAGGUCUCUCUCCUGUUCUGGGACUCUCUUUCUCUCUCUUCUGGGAUAAUGAGGAGGGACUGGUUCAAAAUCAUGGUAUACAAGUCCUUGUAGUGGCACUUUUAUUCCUAAACUGGGACGACGAAUAGUGUAUUCUCUGUAAACUGCAGUGAUAUAUAUAUAUAUAUAUAUAUAUAUAUAUAUAUAUAUAUAUUUGAAGAAGUAAACUUUCUGUGGUUCCUUCAAUCGUUUCAGCGCAGUGGAAUAUGAUGAGAUAUCAUCAGAGGGUGAGCCCAGAUGGUCUACCUUUGAGCAAUGGUAAAAGAUCCAAUUCCAAUUCAAGUGAAGGAAAAGGGUUGCCUAGAUUUAGAUCCCCAUCCAAGACCCCAGACCAGAAUUUGUCUCAUUUCGACGGUGGCAGCGUUGGUGGUGGCGGUGUUGGUGGUGGAGGUGGUGUUCCCAGUUCUCCGGCUCAGUCUGAUAACAACCAUCAACACCAAUAUGAGGCCAUCCCAGCAAGGACCAAUAGUCCCAGCUGCAAUGGAGGUGGUGGAGGUGAUGUGCUGUUGCAAUGGGGACACAGGAAGAGGUCAAGGUGCUCGAGGGCUGAUGUUCGGGUGGCGGCGGUGGUGGCAGCCACGGACGAGUCAUCGUCGUCAAUUCAGCUUCAACCAAGGCAACCCAUCAAAGUUCAAAGGAGAUUAAUGCAGUCAAACCCAACUCCAGGUGUGGUGGCGGUGGCGGAUAAGCUCCCAACAACCACCACCAUCACCAUUGAUCGCCCAGCCACGCCACCGCCACCACCGCCCCUUCCUUCUUCUGUUAAUUCAACUGCUUCCCUAUCUAAUGGCAAGAAAAGCUCCGGCAUUUUUGCAAACCGGAGGAGUUUGGAAGAAAGAUGUGGUGUUGCAAAUGGGAGCCCAUCGAGCAACAACGUUGGCAGCAGCAGCCGCCGGGUUGUGUCUAGAUCUACGGUGGGGAAACGAUCUCCUACCCUUUCAGAGAAAUUCGAUAGAAAGGCCCCUCCUACCGGAUCAUCCCGGGAUCAUAAGUUGAAUGGGGUUGCCUUCGAGCAAGCAACAACAGCAGCAGCAGUAGCAGAUGACAUGAAUCGUAUUGAUUCUGCUCCGUUGCAAUCAGAGCAACAAGUUGUUUGUAAUGAUCAUAAUCGGAACAAUACUGGUAAUGGGACGGUGACCGGAGGAGAGAAGGCGAAUGGUGAGGGGGUUGAGUGGCCUAGGAUUUACAUCCCUCUAACAAGGAAGGAGAAAGAAGAGGAUUUUUUGGCAAUGAAAGGCACAAAACUUCCUCAUAGACCUAAGAAAAGGGCCAAGACCAUUGAGAGAAUUCUCCAGUAUUGUUUUCCUGGGAUGUGGCUCUCUGACGUAACAAGAGGGAGAUAUGAAGUGAGGGAAAAGAAAUGUGCAAAGAAGCAAAAGCGAAGAGGAUUGAAAGGAAUGGAGAGCAUGGAGAGUGAUUCAGAGUGAUCAAAACACUCCCUUGUUUGAGAGCCUCUGGGCUCAGCACAUACAUGGUUGUUGCAGACUCCGGGCGCCCUCCCAACGUGUGUGCCUGAGGUCUCCUGGCUUCCCUUCCUUCCGGCAUUAACAUUGAUCGGAAAGCUCAAAGCCAGAAGAGAUAGGUGAGGCCAAAAUUUGGGAGGUUUUCAUGUGGUGGGCUGAGUUGAUCUUCGAGUACUGCAGAGGCUGAGGCUGUUGCUGUUUUGAGCCAACCAACUUGGUGCAGGGAUGAUGAUAAGACAGAUCAAAUCCAGAGGCUUCAAAUUUUGCUUGAUUUUGUGGUGUUUUUGUCCUCUACAUUAAAUGGUUGUUCACGCCCUUCUUGUGUACAAAGCAGCAGCCUGUUGCUUCUGCAGGUUUUCUUAUCAAUGACACAAUUUAUUGUCUUCUUUA